GUACCUUCCCCAGCACGACACCAGCGGCCUCGACAUCGAGAUCUUGCCGCCCGCAGACGCUUGCCGUGUGUCCGUCGAGCGCGCCAGGAAGGGCCUGGACUCCAUCUCGGUCACUGGGAACGUCCUCCGCGACUACAACACCGACCUCUUCCCGAUCCUGGAGCUGGGCACCAGCGCGAAGAUGCUGUCGAUAGUCCCCAUGCUCGCAG